AUGCGACGUUCACUCCGCCAGCUCGCGGCAGUAAAGCCGUCACGGUUCCUGGAAGCCGGUACACCCACCGGUCUCUGCGGGCUCUUUACACACGCCGCCCCUCGCUCAACCCUGAUCUACCUAUACUCAAGUACGCUCGAGAAGCUGAAGGCCUUUCCAGAAUCCUCCCUAUACCGCCAAUCGACUGAAGCACUGACCAAACACCGCAUGGCCAUUGUUUCAGCUGUCGAACCAGAGGGCUACAAAGCAUGGGCUGAGAAGGCAAAGCAGACGCUCAAGGAACAUCCCGAGGUGUUCAAUACUGCGGAGGGAAGCAUGGCGCAUGAUGAAGGUAGACAUGUAAAGGAGGUGAUUGGCGGUUCACAGUUCGUUACUAGCAAGCCAUAUGAUGACCAUGAUGAGCUCGUGACAGAGUGGGAUGGUGAGAAGGACGAAGGACCACAGUUGGAGGGGAGUAGGACAGCUAUUGAGAGGAAGGGCCAGAGUGAGUGGGCGAAGGAGAGGCCGGGGAGUGAUGUUAAGACAGUUAAUUGGGAUCCGGAGCCGCAAUUGACUUCUGAACAAAUCUCAGAAAUCGAGAAUAAGAUCGGUGCUGGUUUGAUCGAGGAGGUUAUCCAGGUCGCCGAGGGAGAACUGAAGCUGGUGGAUGUUUUGGCAAAGGCGAAAGUAUGGGAAGAUCUAGAGGAGAAGCCAGUUGAGGGCCAAUGGGAAUACUUCAAGCGUUCGGGCGUAUUGCAAAACCCAUAG